CCGGCGGUGUGUAGGACCGCGCAGAGCAGCGCAGCCGAGACCGCGCAGGGAGUCAUCACAUGUUCCGUGUAGUUAGCGCCCUGAGAAAAAAAGAGUCAUUUCUACAGAGAAUUAACUAUCAAACGCUGAAAAAAGUGCAAGUUAGAACUGUUAACUUUACUCCAAAACACCCUUUGGAGCUACAGGACCUCAUGAACCGCCAUGAACCAGGACCGGCAGAAGCGCAAGGAGGAGAUCCAGAAAGCUCUGGCUUUUAUUCAGUCAUCACUGCCGUACCCCGACCCAGACGGCUACGAGGGCUUCCUCAUGCAGCUGGUGUGUAAUCUGUUGGACGAAGGUAACGCGGCGUUUCGGGAGGGCGACUGGACGCUGGCGCGGGGCCACUUCAGCGAGGGAGUGAGUGUGGCGAGAUACGCUCAGGGCGAAGGAGUGACGGUUCCUGUGGCGCUGCUCGAGAGCCUUUACGUCAACAGAGCCGCAGCGCAACACAACAUGGGGGAGCUGGAGGCGAGUGUGAGGGACUGUGACAGCGCUCUGAGUGUGUGUAAGGACAGCGGCAGGGCUCUGUACAGGAAGGCCGUGUGUCUGAAGGAGCUCGGCCGACUGAACGAGGCGUACGAGUGCAGCACCGCCUGCCUGCUCACCUCCCCACAGGAUGAGAAGGUGAAGGAACUGGCUCAGGAUUUGGUCGACAGAUUGGACCUGAAGACGCGUAAAGCCUACGUUGGUGUACAGCAGGGCGUAACCGAGACUAACGGAGAAAACGUGCCUCCUCCAGAGCAGAUCUCUAACGGGCUGGAUAGCUUGUGCGAUGUCACUGCGGGUGUGCCUGUGAGUGCGUCCCCCGUCCUGCCCGCCCCGGUCCCCGUGAGCGACGCGGCUGACGAGCCCGCCGUGUGUCUGUCGGUGCCCGUGUCUGAGCAGCUGGAGGACUGCGAGCUGAUGGGGGACGAGCUGGACACGCUGCUGGACUGCGUCUCCAAGCAGGAACAGCUCCCGCAUACUCCCUCUAAAGGCAGCGUUGUCCCCACUCAUGUCCCUGUGAUGGGUCUGGGUCCGUCCUUCCCUCCGCUCCUCCCUGCUCCCUCCCCGUGUCUUCCUCCUGCGUUCUUCCCCUCAGCCGUCAGUCAGCUGAACACGCUGGACUCGUUCUGUGAGACAGGUCGUGACCCGUCUCUCUCAGUCAGACCCCUGGAUUCGCUCGACUCCUUCUCUCAGACCUUAUCUCAGGGCUCAGUGCCUCAGAGACCCCCUCUGGUGGUGGGAGGAGAGGGGCUCGACUCGCUCUCAGAGUUCACACUGCCUGGUGGUAAAGUCUCUCAUAGUUUUCUCCCUCCAGUGAAGAUUAGAGGCUCAUCAAACUGUGUGAAUACUGUUUACACGAACGGUCAUGUGGCGUCCACCUUAUCCCAGCUCUCCAAGAAUCCUCUUGACCACACACAUGACUUCACUCAAGCCUGUUCAGCCUGUUUUAUACGUACAGGUGCGGGUGUGCUGGACUGUGAGUACAGGUCUGAUUUGUCUCACAGCUGUAAGAAAGACAUCCUGCUGUGCAGGAGAAAGGGCGGAGUCAAUCUACCCUGGAGGCGUGUCCGGCCACGCCCAGCUCGAAGUAACUUCCAGGGUCCUUAUGUGCUCUGUAAAGAGGUUCUAGAGCGACAGGACUGUAAAUACGGCGAGGCCUGCACCUUUGCUUACUGUCAAGAGGAGAUCGAUGUGUGGACGCAGGAGAGGCGGGGCUUACUGACCCGGGAGCUGCUCUUCAACCCGCUCUCCUCCAAUCAGAGACAAGCACUGAGCGUCAUCAGACUACUGAAUAUACACGGUGGCAUGUUCAUGUUCCUCUGUGAGGGCUGCUUUGACGGUAAACCCAGGACCAUCAGUAAGCGCUGUAAGGAGAAUCCGUCCUUGUGCUCCAACGUGGACUCGCACCAUCAGUUCGACAGAAACAAGUGUCUGGUGCACGUGGUGAAGAACAGCAGCAGUGUGUGUUACAGUAAGAUCAGGCCCCUCAGCACUCAUCGUCAGUUUGACGUGUGUCGUCACGAGCUGCGUUACGGCUGCCAGCGAGACAAAAACUGCAGCUUCGCUCAUUCACUCAUCGAGCUCGAGUGCUGGAUCCUGCAGAAAGACCACGGCACCACUCAUGAGGAGAUUGUGCAAGAAUCUAAGAAGCACUGGCAUAAACAGAGACCAUUAAACAUUUCUGCAUCCCAAACCAACGGCACUGCAUCCAAAGGGGAGGGGCAGAACAAAGGGGCGGAGUCAAAUGGGAAGGCGGGGCCUGACCGAACCUACGGAGCAGGAAGCGCAUCGGCGGUGAAAAGUCACGAUCUGCGUCUGACGAUGAAGUUUGUGUGUGGUCAGUGCUGGAGCGUCGGGCUACCGAGCGAACCGGACAAAUCGCUCAAGUACUGCAGCGCUAAAGCACGACACAGCUGGAUUAAAGAGCGGAGGGUGCUUUUGGUGAAGUCCUUAGACAGGGAGAAGUGGGUGGCCGUGCGACCUUUGCCCUUUGCGAAGACGUAUCCUCAGCAGUACGACAUCUGCGUACACGUGCUGAAGGAGAAGAAGUGCCACUACAUCGGGAACUGCUCUUUCGCCCACAGCCUGGAGGAGAAGGAGCUGUGGACCUACAUGAAGAACACCGGCUUACGGGACCUGCAGCAGGUCUACGACACGUGGUUGACGACAGCCAAUCAGAUCAAGCGAGCCGACGGCACUUCGGCGUCCCAGUUCGGAGAGGAGAAGCAGAUCGCCAUGCCGACAGACUACUUAGCAGAAGCUGCCGAUGUUUUAUACUGCCGCCUGUGUGGGAAGCACAGUAACAGCGAGCGUCAGUGGCAGCAGCACAUCUCGUCCGAGAGACAUAAAGAGCGCGUGCUGAGCGGAGCGGGUGAGGAGGAGAGUCUCACCUGGAUACACCGCUUCCCUGGACCCUACUUCUCCCUCUGCUCCAGGUUGGAGGGCGGCUGUGCCGAGGGCGUGAGCUGCGACUACGCCCACAGCGAGGAGGAGCUCCAGGAGUGGUGCGAGAGGCGGGACUUCCUGCGCAGGUGGCUGGAGAAAGCGCGAGCGGAGAAGCUCAUCGCCCCGAACGACUACGACUUCGGGAAGUACAACUUCCUCCUGCUGGACUGAGAAAACACACCUACUCACAGACACACACACACACACACACACACACACUUCUGCAUUCAUUCAAACCACCACAAACUGAAGUGCCACGCAUGCAUUCUCGUUAAAUGACACACGUUUUGGUUGUUUUAAUUUUAUUAUUUUUAAAAUAUAUUCACAUUUUCCUUCCAACCUGGUCAUAGACGGCGAGUCCCAGCGCAGUCCCACUAUCGCUACCAGAUUUUUGAACAGUUGAGUGCCUCUGUAAUCUACCUUUACAUUAGGCUCCCUACAAUCCUUUCCUUUUAAUCAGGACACAAGCGCUUGUGUUCUUAAAGCCUCAUUUAAACCGAGCCCCAGUGGUACAGCACAUCACGUCUAUGCACUGCCCAGCUUAAACACUUAACCACCAGCGCCACUGCCAGGGACCACUUCUAGCAUCCAUAAUGUUAUGCAUAACUUGCACUGACUAGCAGAUAAACAUACAACCUGCAUGAUCUCUGGCUCUUAUUACAACGCAACAUGAGUAGCAGCUUAACAGAAACGAUGACGAUGAUGAUGCCAGAUGAGGAGUCUUAUGAUCAUACUGGUAUUUUUUUUAUUAUUUUGUUUUGUUUACAGCUGAUCCUAAAGCUUCAUUGAGCCUAAAAUCAAAAUCUACAUUUUACUUCUGAUUGUAUUUUUCUAGUCUGGGACAAUUUACCAAAAAAAACCAACAAAACAAAAAAACAACACACUUGCUGAUUAUUUUCUCAUCCGCCAGUGCCGUAGAGUUACAUGUAAUCUAUACAUCGUGAUUUUUUUUUUCUUAUUAGCGCAAAAGACGCUCCAGCCAACAGCCAAGUGAGAAAACACCUUAAGGAACGAGUGUAGAUCUAUACAAACUUCAUUUGUUUAUCAGAUUAAAAAAAAAAAAAAAGCUCUGUCCAGGAAAGCCUGGGAUUAAAUUACAUUAUUAUUAUUAUUAUUAUUAUUAUUAUUAUUAUUAUUAUUAUUAUGAUGAAUGAAACAUUUAUUUUUAACCCAAAACGAGAGCUGUGUCUCAACUCAUACUUAGUACACUCAUUCAGUCACUCACACACACUCACUGUGAAGUGUGUUCACACACACAAAAAAACAAAUGUACGCAGGAUGAUGAAAGAUUGGCACUUUUUUUGCACUAAGUUGUCCCAUCAUGCACCACCAGAACAGAACGGAGGAGCUUGUAGCACAUAACUGGAAAAAAAAACAACAAAAAACAACAUGGCUGCCUGUUCUCACAAGUGGAACGGUUACGUUUAAAUAAAUAAAAUAGACCUCAAGCAGCGUUUGGUUAUGUUAGCGAGCUCAUUUUGGGUAGGAUUAAACUGCUAGCGGUUCUCAAAGUCGAGUUCAGGAUUUUUUUUUUUUCCAAUUAAACAGCAGUGGAAAUCUCAACCUACUGUUUUCAGUUUACCAGCGUUCAAGGAGUUAUUGGAAACUUAAAACCACGUGAAAUAACGUCGACUCGGGACUAAAGUGUGUUUUGUCGUGGGACCGUUUGUGAAUAAAAAGCUCUAGAGCUGUAAUAAAUAGCCAAGAAUUUACUGUGCAAAGCUGAACAGCUAGAUUAUAAAAUAAAUCUGUACUGACGGAGUCUGUGGAAUUAAUUUUACGCCACUGUAGCAAGUAACAGUAUCUCGAAUAUAGGCAAAUUCACCUUCCUGUUUUUAAGCAAAUAUAAAAUGAUUAAUCCUGUUUCUAGAUAUUUUUACUCAUGUCAAGCUUGAUCAUUUUGCAUAUUUCUAGAAAGAAGCAAAUUUAUGAACAGAAUAAGAUUUCAAGCUUGAAGUAAGUAAAUAUAUCUAGAAAACAGUUUUAAUGCUUUUAUAUUUGUUAUAUAAUAAUCUCAUAAUGAGGAAAUAUUAGAAAGCCUUUCCUUUAUUCAAGGUAUCUUCAUCUGCUGAGAUUUCGUUUCUUGUGGAAAAAGAGGAGAAACGGUUGAGUUUGAGUGAGUGACGUGUGAAAGGAAACAUGAACAGAAAAAAAACACAGAUUUCUCAGGAAAAGAAAAACGAAACAUUUCUGAACCUUAGUGAUAAAUAUGGCCAGUUGAUUGUUUAUAUGUGCGUGUGUGAGAGAGAUUGUCUGUGUGUGUGUGUGUGUGUGUGUGUGUGUGUGUGUGUGUGUGUUAGUGGCCAUGUUUCAGACACACAGGAGAGCCCGGACGGCGACGUGUCCUCGCUGAUAAGAUGGUUAUAAGCGAUCUCUUCUCCAAACCCAAAUAAACAGAAGCUCCUCGCUGUUCUGUAGAGCGCAGGAGGAGAGGAGCCAGACGUGUGUUUUCGUGUUUGUGCCGUGUCGUCCCUGACCUGCUUAUCCUCAGAGCUGAUUUUUAGCUGGAGCUUUGUUUGAGCAGAAGCAGGUGGUGUUCUCGCUUUUAUCCAAGCAGACCCAAAUCCACCAUGAAUCACCAUGAAGUGCCUGAGUAAUGCAGUAACACACACUGUUGUCUGAUUAUGGAGCAGUUCAGACCAAAAUGAGAUUCCUCUUUUACCCCGGAUAAAAGAGCCAUGUGAAGCUCAUGUAGCUAGCGAUCAAAUCGACUCCUAUAGCUAGAGCUACCGGUUUCGCGUCAUCUCACUCAGCGUUGUGGAGUUGUUCAGUGUCUCACACACACACACAUGCUGAUAUCUCUUACUGUACAACACACUCUUAUCUAUAAAACAGACAAAAGAGCUGAAAACAGUAUUAUCCAUUUAGUUGACGUUUGUUUUGUGAACCAAAACAACCACUAUCUUUUUCCACCACAGCGCUGUUCGGUUCUGGCUUCUGAUUGGUCAGAAGGUGUUGAUUAAUUUCCUAGAACAGCAGCUCUGACAGUAGCGCAGCUCCAAAUCACAGGUUUGUAUUAAUGCGCUCGUUCGAAUACGUUAUCGUUUCUAUAGCAACAGCUCAUUCGCACGGAGGACGCUCCACACGUAUUGAUAAAAUAAUGCGUAAUUGUUGAGACGGCGAAGUUUUCUGCGAGGACGUGUUGUUUAGUUCACAUUGAGGAAGGAGUCUCCAGUGCCAGUGCUUUGUCAGAGUCAGAGGUAAAGCUGUAAUGUUUUACGUUAUAGCUGCUAUAACGUAAGCGAUAAAGGGAUGUUCCACAACAUAUAUGUUAUAAUAAAUAAACAUCGUAAUCGUUGACAGAUUGCUCUAGUAUAAGAGGAAUAAAACACUUUGAAGAGGAUAACUCCUAAUGGGUAACGCCGUUGUUGAUUAUUUUUCCGUAACAACACACCUGCCACGUCUGAACACGCCUGAACUGCUAGCUAUAGUUUCUCGUUACUUGUUAGCUACAUGAGCCUCUAGAGAGAAAAUCUACUGGGGAUAAAAUUGAUCGGAGCCUUUUUUUUUUUUGGCUGAACUGACGUUAAAGACUGUUCACUCUUACCCUUUUUUUUUUUUUUUUUUUUUUUUUUUUUAAAUACACUCACAGAAAUGUGCAGGAGGAUGUGGCCUGGCACUGCAUUUAUUUCUCGAGCUCUUUCACACAGUGACCAGUGCACAUUGUAGGUGUUAUUGAAUCGUUUUGUUCCCGUCUUCCUGCACUCAGGCAUCAGCGUGCCUUCAGUAACGAUCACAGUGCCUUUGAGGUCAGUAUUAGCCUGAUAAACCUUAACCGGGGACCAAGGAGGAAAUUCGUGUUAUUCAGUGUUAACCAAACUGCACUAGGUUGAAACAGAAGUCAUUUGAAUUUGAAUUUGAGGUCACGUGUACGUCCUUUUUAAAUGUCCUCAUCUGGAUUUUGUAAAGUGGCUUUACAGCGUAAGAUGAUUUCAGCUCCACAAAUAAUGGAGGUUUAAAGUGUUAUUGUAUGUGUUCAGUGCUUCACAGAUAGAGCAGAUAAGAAAACGGAGGUGUUUGUUGGUUCGAGUCUUACAUUCCUUGCUUCAUUAUGCGAUAAAAUUUUCAGUAGAUUUCAUUCAAGUCUGCCUGUUCUCUAAGAGGAGGCUCAUUAAAGCCGGGGAUGACGACAUCCUUGUGUUUUAUCCUUGUCUUCAAAGACUCAAUAGAUCUGACGUAGUGGCUUGUUAGAGACUAAAGUGUGCUAUCCAUGGACUAGAUGUGAAAAUAUCACAUUUCCCCAGUCCCAGUAUCACGAGAUUAAAAGUUACUACAUGUUUACUCGAGGCGGUAUUUUAGUCAGAAGUGAACUUCUGUUCAUUCCUGCAGGUGAAAAGAUAAGAAAUAUCAGAUACAUAUACCUGUUCUGAGAUCAUUCUAAACACAUAUAACAUUACAGUCAUUUCCAGACAUUUGGACUCAUUGCAUGCUUGAAAAUUUCGCCUUCUGUUAGCAGAUAAAUUUCCUUUCUAAAACUAAUUACUCCAAAUUCAAGCUCUGUCAAUCAAACAAGAAAGAAAAAUGGUCUAGCAAGUGAAAACAUCCUACACAGGCAUAUUUAUCUAAUAUUUCUCAUUACACCGCAGCACCGCUGAGUUCUUCAUUGUUUGAGCCGAAGGUGCAGCUUCAAAUCACAGGUUUUAUUAAGUUUUCUUAAGGCCACGUGAAAGUCACAAUGCUGCAUUUUUGCACUGAUGCAGUAUUUCAUUUAAUUCAGAUACACCACAGUGGCAAAAACAUACAGAGUCGCAACUUUAUUACACACUCCUGCUUUGUUGGUGUAAAGACUAAAAGCUCAUCUUUUGCAAUAAGCAGUGUGUGUUAAUCGUCCUCUAGACCACAGCAGCACUAUACUGUGUUUAAAAGCUCAGUAACACUGCUGAUAUCUGAACAGUGGCAGGUCGUUUCCACUGAUGGACUGGUAGAGAAGGGGGCCAAUACUUUGUGUAGAGAUACAGACGGGCUACAGUCAUUAAUUAUACACUUAGAAAGUGACAUGUAUAAUACAUGGAGCUGAUAAAGUGGCAGUUUAGUAUAAAUUGGAAGGUUUCAUUUAACAUCAGAGUUUGUUAAAGGGAAAGGUUUUCGUUCGUAUUUAGCACAGGAAGCAGUUUCUUUACACAGGAAGUGCUCAGCGUCCACAGCGCUGGAGUGACGUUAAGUGAUUAUAAGCAUGUUGUAGUCUCUGGGGUGAAACCUCCGCGAUACUGAAAUCUCCCACUGCUCUGCUUCUGACGUGUCUCCAUUCGGAACUCCUGUCUAUGGCUUGAGGAUUUUUUUUCUUUUACAAAUUCUCUUUAUUUUUCGUAAAUUUGCCAUUAAUGUGUAAUUCUGUAUUUGUGUUUUAUGUAAACCACCACAAGCAAUGGACCAAAUAAUAUGCCAAUAAAUAUUUUUUAUAAAAGAA